AUGGGGAUGGGGAGCGCAGGGGAUGGGGAGCGGAGGGAUGGGGAGCGGAGGGAUGGGGAGCGGAGGGAUGGGGAGCGGAGGGAUGGGGAGCGGAGAGAUGGGGAGCGGAGGGAUGGGGAGCGGAGGGAUGGGGAGCGCAGGGAUGGGGAGCGGAGGGAUGGGGAGCGGAGGGAUGGGGAGCGGAGGGAUGGGGAGCGGAGGGAUGGGGAGCGGAGGGAUGGGGAGCGGAGGGAUGGGGAGCGGAGAGAUGGGGAGCGGAGGGAUGGGGAGCGCAGGGAUGGGGAGCGCAGGGAUGGGGAGCGGAGGGAUGGGGAGCGGAGGGAUGGGGAGCGGAGGGAUGGGGAGCGGAGGGAUGGGGUGCGCAGGGAUGGGGAGCGCAGGGAUGGGGAGCGGAGGGAUGGGGAGCGGAGGGGAUGGGGAGCGGAGGGAUGGGGAGCGGAGGGAUGGGGAGCGGGGGAAUGGGGAGCGGAGGGAUGGGGAGCGGAGGGAUGGGGAGCGGAGGGAUGGGGAGCGGGGGGAUGGGGAGCGGAGGGAUGGGGAGCGGGGGAAUGGGGAGCGGAGGGAUGGGGAGCGGAGGGAUGGGGAGCGGAGGGAUGGGGAGCGGGGGGAUGGGGAGCGGAGGGAUGGGGAGCGGGGGAAUGGGGAGCGGAGGGAUGGGGAGCGGGGGCGACUCGUUCUGCAGGCGACGCGAAGGAGGGGAGGGAGGAGGGAGGAGGGAGGAGGGAGGGAGGAGGUAGAUACAUCCUCAGUUGGUAUUAUUUCCGGGCGGGCACGGGCGGCGGCAAGAACAUGUGGCUCAUCUACCUGCCGGGCGGCGGGUGGUGUGGCACUGCCGCCCAGUGCGUGGCGAGGAGCAAGACGCUUUACGGGACCAGCACGCUGUAUCCUACCGACCCUGAACCCAACGCGGCUCUCCGUCCCCCUUUCAACGGCAUUCUCAGCAGCAACAGCACCAUCAACCCGCCUUUCUACAACUGGAACCUCGUUCGUCUCAUCUACUGCGACGGUGGCGGCUACUCGGGCACGGCAGGGAGGCUUGAGGUUGGAACCAACGGCACGGCGAUUUACCUGGAUGGGUGGAGCAUCGUUCAAGCGGUGAUUGAAGAUUUGCAAUCUAAGCGGGGAAUCAAAUCGGCAUCGCAGAUUCUCCUGUCGGGCAGCUCAGCGGGCGGCCAAGCAGUCGUGGCUCUCUGCGAUCGCAUCGCUGCCGCCUUCCCCUGGGCGCCAACCAAAUGCAUCUCCGACUCGGGCUUCUUUAUUGACUCCAAGGACCGAGUGGACUCUAAGGAUCGCGUGGGUGGGUACACGUGGCGCAAUGGAAUGAAGAGCAUUGCUGCUCUGCACAAGCCGAGAAGACAUUUCCUCUUUACCCCUUCCCCCCUUGACUCCUCCCUCCCGUCCUGCUCCCAACCUCUCCUCUACCUUUCAGACUCCAAGGAUAGAGUGGGUGGGUACACGUGGCGCAACGGUGUGAAGAGCAUUGUUGCUAUGCACAAGCCGAGCUGGCCUGCUUGUCAAGACGGUGAGAUGUGUGAUGCAUUGCUGUUAGAGAUGCGCGGAUAG